ACCCGCUCCACCUCUUUUUGGGUAAAUUAGUCUAGAAAGACUUGUCAUGGCAAGUGACAGUGAAUCCUGACCUAUAAAUACCUACCAGAACACAAACAAUACAGUGCCAUAGAACAGCUCAACGUUAACCUCACCAUCUCUCUCUCAGUCCAGACAGCAGCGGGUGCCCUGCUACCAUCUGAAGGCCGGGUCUCUCAGUUAUUCAAUGGAACCAGUGACCUGUCAGUCUUGACUGAUGGGACCCCGUGUGUGGGAAAAUCCCGCAGCCAAAGAGUUGGCGCAUUCACAUGCUAAUUGCGCCCUAUAAAUAAGAGGGUCGCGCCGCGCCGAGGACCCUAGAGACGAACUGAGAUUCAGAGGAGAAGGGACAAAAAAGCGCGCACACAAACACACACACAUACACACACACCAUCACACACCACAGGUUAAAACAUGACUGCUUCAUCCAUGGCGCACAACCUGGGGAAACAUCCUAGCGCAAAGGAGGAAAGAAAGCUCAGAAAGCCGCUCAUUGAGAGAAAACGACGGGAGAGGAUCAACAACUGUUUGGAUCAGCUCAAAGAAACCGUGAUCGGAGCGUUCAGGCUGGACCAAUCCAAACUGGAGAAAGCGGAUAUUUUGGAGAUGACGGUGAAACAUCUGCAGAACAUCCAGAACAAUAAAGUUAACGACCCCACGUUAGGCCUUGAGGCCCAGCAGAGAUACAGCACGGGCUACAUCCAGUGCAUGCACGAGGUUCACAACAUGCUCCUGACCUGUGAUUGGAUGGACAAAACUCUGGGUUCCCGUCUGCUCAACCACCUCCUCAAGUCCCUGCCUAGGUCCACCGAUGAGCGCCCCCUCACCCUGCCCACACCCAGACUCGAUGCUGCUCUUCCAGCCACCCAAGCCGUCCCAGGGACCCCCCUCAGAGUAGAGCAGUUCCAGAGAGAGGCUGGACCUCAGGAAAGGCCAGCACUCCACAGCUCCCACCUGGGGAUGCUUGAGAUGUGGAGGCCCUGGUGAACUGCUGGAUUGAUGAUCUUGGUUGUCCAUUCUGUUAGACCAUCCUCUGUUAUGUAUCUUAUAGAUAUGCUGCUCAGAAGACAAACAUGUGGGGCGGUUUUUGUUCCAGUGAUUAUUAUUGUAGGUGUGCUAUAAUGAUUCUAUACAGACCUUUUCUCAGUACUUCCCUUCAGAAGUUGACCUCUUGUAGCCUGCAUUAUAGAAGGCUCUUAUUAAUCUUCCGUGUAUUUAUUGUAUUAACAGCUUUAUUUAUUGUUAUUAUAAGGCAUGACUUUGCUUCUUAGACUGCCUGCUUGGCCUUUGCAUAGAUUCCUCCUUUGCUGUACUAUUAACCUAAACAUUAUUAAUAAUAAAACUUAUUAUG